AUGUUCGCCGCCCGCCGCCUCGCAACCAACGUGCCCCGCGUUCGCGCGCAAGCCUCCCUCUUCCACAGCACGGCGCCCGUAUUCGUGCAAAAGGGCGACGCCAUCCCCGACCUCGAUUGUCUCGUCGAGAACUCCCCCGGAAAUAAGAUCAACUUGGCCAAGGAGAUCAAGAACAAGGGCGUUAUCAUUGGAACCCCAGCUGCCUUCAGCCCUGCUUGCUCUAGCACCCAUGUCCCUGGUUUCAUUAACCACCCCAAGCUCAAGGAGGCUGGUCAAGCUUUUGUCAUCUCCAUCAAUGACCCCUUCGUGACCAAGGCUUGGGCUGAUUCCCUUGACCCCCAGGGCAAGAGCGGUGUUCGCUUCCUGGGUGACCCCUCCGGCAAGUUCACCGAGGCUCUGGACCUCAGCUUCGACAGCAGCGCCAUCUUCGGCAACAACCGCAGCAAGCGCUACGCCCUCCUCGUCGAGAACGGUAAGGUCAAGGAGGCUUUCGUCGAGCCCGACAACACUGGUGUGAACGUUUCCACCGCCGAGAAGGUUCUCGGUUAA